GACAUCACAAUUGCGGUCAGCUAAAUUCCAAUCCCACUUGGGCCACUGCAGCGGCACGGCUUGAAGCGACACUUCCAAAAGGCACUUGCUAGCUGGGGCAGCUCUGCGUCACCACCGUCACUGUCUCAUGCUCUCUUUCCUCCCUCACAAUGCAGCAUUUGUGCUUCAGGAUAGGAUAUGACAUAAUAGCCUUAAAGUUUUGCUCCUUAAGGAGGAAGCCCUUUCCCUCCCAGCAGCUCUUCCUCCCAUGGGAGAGUCACAUAAUUGUCUUACAGUCUGACUCUGCCUUAGGGGAACCGCUUCCCCAAUGAAGGGGUCCUCGGGUUCCCUCAAUACUCUCUUAUGGGUCUAUCGCUACCACAGCUCCACGGAGGUGGCCCUCCAGCCCCCACUUCUGUGCUCCCUGGAGUUGGCCCUGGCAGCAGCUCAUGAAUAUCUGGAAAUCGGGCUAGAGAAGCUGAGACCUCCGGAGUCUGGGGACCAGGACAAGGAGGAAAGGGAGCUGCCGGAGGGGGAAGGGGCGAAGCUGGAAUCCCACAGCUCCCCACCGCCUGCAGAACUCUCCCUGGGGCUAGUGCUGAGAGAGGCUAUGGGAAGUGCAGUGAGCUUUGGAACUACCUUGCUGCAGAUUUCAGCCCUAUGGCUGCAGCUGGAGACUCGGCGCUUCUGUGGCUGCAGAGACCGGGCUCAUAAUCCGAGCUCAGGAAACCCUGGGCGUGCGUUGUCCCGAGUGGCGGAGGCGGCGGGGCGGGGCAUGAGAGAGGUGGGAGCCGCGGCCAAAGCCAGCGCGCAGCUCCUCCUCCGUGGGGCACGGUUCUGUUUCCCCGUAGGACUGGGAUUUACCGAAAUUCAGACUGCGCCCAAGAAGACAGCUUAGUUCCAACGGCCCUGGCUCAGAGGCUCUUUGGGUUGUGCAAGGAACAAAGCGUAAAUUACGGUUUGACUGCCGGGCCUUCAGGUGGGGAUGUGGGUACGAAGAUGACGCAUAGGGGAUAAUAAGCAACUUUUGAGAGCUAGGUAGAAGCAAGAAUAAAGCGGGAGGAAGGGGGAGACUCCCCAAGCCCGGGGGCCGUAGAUCGGUUGGAAAUACUCAGCCGCUCCUUUAGCAGGAAUAUUCCGGAGAGAUGAAACAGAGGUGGUGCAAGUUAUCUAGGGAAUUGUAGACUCACCACCAACGCAAAUAAAGCAGUGGGGAAAACCAA